GGGCUGGCGGCCGAGGGGCUGUCAUUCGCCGGCCUGGGCUGCGCUCCGUGGUUCCGGCUCCUCCUCCCGCCGCCUCAGCCCCACCAUGGUGUUUGAGUCGGUGGUCGCGGACCUGCUGAACCGCUUCCUGGGGGAUUAUGUGGAGAACCUGAACAAGUCCCAGCUCAAGCUGGGGAUCUGGGGCGGAAAUGUGGCUUUAGAUAAUCUACAGAUAAAAGAAAAUGCUCUGAGUGAAUUGGAUGUUCCUUUUAAAGUCAAGGCUGGCCAGAUUGAUAAAUUGACUUUGAAGAUUCCCUGGAAAAACCUUUAUGGAGAAGCAGUUGUUGCAACCCUAGAAGGACUCUACCUGCUUAUUGUCCCUGGAGCAAGUAUUAAGUAUGAUGCUGAAAAAGAAGAAAAAUCCUUACAGGACAUUAAGCAGAGAGAGCUUUCUCGAAUUGAAGAAGCUCUUCAGAAAGCAGCAGAGAAAGAUAAGCCAAAAGAUGCCAAAAAGGAUACAUUUUUUGAAAAAUUGGCAACUCAAGUAAUAAAAAAUGUACAAGUAAAAAUCACAGAUAUCCACAUUAAAUAUGAAGAUGAUGUGACUGAUCCAAAGCGACCACUUUCAUUUGGUGUCACACUGGGAGAACUUAGUCUAUUGACUACAAAUGAACAUUGGACACCAUGCAUAUUAAAUGAAGAAGCAAAAAUUAUAUACAAGCUUACCCGGCUUGAUAGUCUCAGUGCCUACUGGAAUGUGAACUGCAGCAUGUCCUACCAGAGAUCCAGGGAGCAGAUCUUGGAUCAGCUGAAACGUGAAAUUCUUACAAGUAGAAAUAUAUCUGCAAACCAUCAAUACAUUUUCCAGCCUUUGUCAGCGUCUGCAAAACUCUUCAUGAAUCCUUAUGCAGAAAAUGAACUUAAAACACCCAAACUAGAUGCGAACAUAGAAGUGCAAAAUAUUGCCAUUGAACUGACCAAGCCUCAGUACUUAAGUAUGAUUGACCUUUUGGAGUCAGUGGAUUAUAUGGUUAGAAAUGCCCCUUACAGGAAGUAUAAGCCGUAUUUACCACUUCACACCAACAGUCGACAAUGGUGGAAAUAUGCCAUUGAUUCUGUGCUUGAAGUUCACAUAAGAAGAUAUACACAGAUGUGGUCCUGGAGUAACAUAAAGAAGCACAGGCAGGUGCUCAAGAGUUAUAAAACUGCUUACAAAGCCAAGCUAAUGCAGACCAAAGUCUCAGAAGAAGUACAGAAGCAAAUUCAGGAUUUGGAGAAGUCGCUGGAUGUUUUUAAUAUAAUUUUAGCAAGGCAGCAAGCGCAGGUUGAGGUGAUUCGGUCAGGGCAAAAAUUGAGGAAAAAGUCAGCUGACCCAGGAGAGAAACGUGGAGGGUGGUUUAGUGGGUUUUGGGGUAAGAAGGAGUCUAAGAAAAAGGACGAAGAGUCAUUGAUUCCUGAAACUAUUGAUGAUCUUAUGACUCCAGAAGAAAAAGAUAAACUCUUCACUGCUAUUGGAUACAGUGAGAGCACCCACAACUUAACUUUACCCAAGCAGUAUGUUGCUCAUAUAAUGACUCUCAAGUUGGUAAGCACCUCUGUUACAAUCAGAGAAAACAGAAAUAUUCCAGAAUUAUUGAAAAUUCAGAUAAUUGGCCUGGGUACCCAAGUAUCUCAACGACCGGGAGCACAAGCCCUUAGGGUAGAAGCAAAAUUAGAACACUGGUAUAUAACAGGGUUGAAACAGCAAAAUAUCGUACCAUCACUUGUGGCUUCCAUUGGUGAUACCUCAUCAUCAUUGCUUGAAAUUAAAUUUGAAACAAAUCCAGAGAAUAGUUCUGCUGACCAGACUCUGAUUGUUCAGUCUCAGCCUGUGGAAGUCAUUUAUGAUGCUAAAACCAUCAAUGCAGUAGUUGAAUUCUUUCAGUCAAAUAAAGGGUUGGAUCUUGAGCAGAUAACAUCAGCUACAUUGAUGAAGUUGGAAGAAAUUAAAGAGAGAACAGCUACAGGACUCACACAUAUUAUUGAAACUCGAAAAGUUCUUGAUUUAAGAAUAAAUCUGAAGCCUUCUUAUCUAAUAGUUCCACAGACUGGUUUCUAUAAUGAAAAGUCAAAUCUUCUCAUUUUAGAUUUUGGUACAUUUCAGCUCAACAGCAAAGAUCAAGGAAUACAGAAGACUACUAAUUCAUCUCUGGAAGAAAUAAUGGAUAAGGCGUAUGAUAAAUUUGAUGUUGAAAUAAAGAACGUGCAGCUACUCUUUGCAAGAGCGGAGGAAAACUGGAAAAAGUGUCGAUUUCAGCAUCCAUCAACUAUGCAUAUAUUGCAGCCCAUGGAUAUUCAUGUUGAGUUGGCAAAGGCAAUGGUGGAAAAAGACAUUAGAAUGGCCAGAUUUAAAGUGUCAGGAGGACUUCCCUUGAUGCAUUUAAGAAUUUCUGACCAGAAGAUGAAAGCUAUGCUGUUUUUGGUUAACAGUGUGCCUUUGCCACAGAAAUCAUCUACACAGGCUUCAGAGAAACAGGUAUCAUCAAUUCCUCUUAUUUCAAGUGGAACCAAAGGUUUACUUGGUGCAUCACUAUUGCUAGAUGGAAUGGAAUCAGAUUCUGAUGAUGAGUAUUUUGAUGCUGAAGAUGGAGAAUUUCAGACUAGUAAAAGUAUGAAGGGAUCAGAACUGAAAAAAGCUGCAGAGAUCCCAAAUGAAGAGCUCAUUAACCUUCUACUCAAGUUUGAAAUUAAAGAAGUUGUUUUGGAAUUUACUAAACAACAGAAAGAAGAAGAUACAAUUUUAGUAUUUAACAUCACUCAGUUAGGAACAGAGGCUACAAUGAGGACAUAUGACUUAACUGCAGUGUCUUAUUUAAAGAAAAUCAGCUUGGAUUAUCAUGAAAUUCAAGGAUCCAAAAAGAAGCCUCUUCAUUUGAUUAGCUCUUCUGAUAAGCCUGGACUGGAUCUUUUGAAAGUAGAAUAUAUUAAGGCUGAUAAGAAUGGACCUAGUUUUCAAACCACAUUUGAAAAAACAGAACAAACAUUUAAGGUGACCUUUUCAUCUUUAAAUCUGUUGCUGCAAACACAAGCUCUUCUCUCUUCAAUUAAUUAUCUGACAGCCAUUCUUCCAUCAGAUGAUCAAAACACAGAUAUUCCCAAGGAGGUACAGAUUUCAGCUGGGAAACAGAAAAAUUCAACUCUGCAGAAAGUGAUUGUAUCUUCUAAAGACACAGAUUACAUUGGCUUCAGGCUGUUUGCCAAGCUGAAUGCUUUCUCUGUCGUUGUUUGUGAUGAGAAGAAUAGUAUUGCUGAAAUCAAGAUUCAAGGCCUUGAUUCUUCCCUCUCUCUUCAGUCAAGUAAACAAUCACUGUUUGCCAGACUGGAAAACAUUAUUGUCACAGAUGUGCACCCUAAGACAGUACAUAAAAAAGCUGUGUCAAUAAUGGGGAAUGAAGUUUUUCGUUUUAACCUGGAUUUGUAUCCAGCUGCUACUGAGGGAGAUUCCUAUACUGACAUGUCCAAAGUAGAUGGUGUGGUAUCACUGAAUGUUGGCUGUAUUCAGAUUGUCUAUCUUCAUAAAUUUCUUAUGUCACUCCUGAACUUCCUGAACAAUUUCCAGACAGCCAAAGAGGCUGUGAGUGCUGCCACGGCCCAGGCUGCAGAAAAGGCUGCCACAAGCGUGAAAGAUCUUGCCCAGAGGAGUUUCCGUGUUUUGAUCAACAUUGAUUUGAAAGCACCAGUUAUAGUCAUCCCACAGUCUUCUGUUUCCACCAAUGCAGUUGUGGUAGAUCUUGGAUUAAUCAGGGUUCAAAAUAAGUUCAGCUUAGUGUCUGGUGAAGACUCCUUGAAUCCUCCCAUAAUUGAUCGAAUGGAUGUGCAGCUAACAGAACUGAAGCUUUCUAGGACAAUGAUCCAACCGGGCAUCUCACAUCCUGAUAUUCAGCUGUUGCAUCCAAUUAACUUAGAGUUGUUUGUAAAUCGGAACCUGGCUGCAUCUUGGUACCACAAGGUACCUGUUAUGGAAAUUAAAGGGCACCUUGAUUCAAUGAAUGUUAGCCUCAGUCAAGAAGAUCUUAAUCUUUUAUUUAGAAUAUUAGUAGAAAAUCUUGGUGAGGCAUCUGAAGACUUGGAUAAAGUAAAGCCAAGAGUACAAGACAGAGAUGAAGUUAAAGAGCCCCACGUGACCUCUGUACCCCUUCAAGGUGUGUCUACCUCACAGAGCACUUCAGCAGCUGGAAUGGCAGAAAUGAGACCAGCGGACAUUGUCAGCAUGCUGCUGAAUUUUGAAGUUAAAGAGGUUGUCAUUACUUUGAUGAAAAAAGCAGAAACGAAAGGAAGGCCAUUACAUGAACUAAAUGUUCUACAACUUGGAAUGGAAGCUGUAGUAAAACCUUAUGACAUGGUUGCUAAAGCUUACCUAAAAAAAAUUAAUAUGCGAUGCUUCGAUUUCACUGACUCUGAUGGAAAACCUCUUCAUAUUAUUAGCUCUUCUAAUAUAACUGAUGAGCCCCUUUUGAAGAUGUUAAUGACAAAGGCAGACAGUGAUGGACCUGAGUUUAAAACUACUCAUGACAAUACUAAACAGAAGCUGACAGUUUCAUUUUCAUCCUUAGACUUAGUGCUUCAUUUGGAAGCUUUACUUUCUUUAAUGGAUUUUUUAUCGUCUGCUGCUCCAUCUGCUGCGCCUUCCUCCUCUGAGCUGAAACCACUUGCAGAGGAGUCCAGAAGUGUCACACUCAAAACUGUACCCAGCACCAUUUCCCAGGAGGAUGUAUUUGAUUUGAAGGUCAAAGCUGAACUGAAUGCUUUUAACAUCUUUGUUUGUGAUCAGAAAGGUAACAUUGCAGACAUUCGAGUACAUGGAAUGGAUGCGUCUGUUUCAGUGAAGCCAAAGCAAACUGAUGUGUUUGCCAGACUUCGGAAUAUCGUAGUUACAAAUGCUGAUUUGCUGUCCAUUCAUAAAAAGGCUAUCUCUAUUUUGGAAGAUGAAGUCUUUAGGUUCCAAAUGACUCUCUAUCCAGGUGCCACAGAGGGACAGGGAUAUGCUGAUGUGUCUAAGGUGGAUGGCAAACUCAGUCUCAAAGUGGGUUGUAUUCAGAUUGUGUAUGUUCAUAAAUUCUUCAUGUCUCUUUUGAAUUUCCUCAACAAUUUCCAAACUGCCAAAGAAGCUUUGAGUACAGCCACAGCCCAGGCUGCAGAAAGAGCUGCUUCCAGCAUGAAAGACUUGGCUCAGAAGAGUUUCCGCCUUUUAAUGGACAUCAACUUGAAAGCACCAGUUAUUAUUAUUCCUCAGUCUUCAGUGUCGCCUAAUGCUGUUAUCGCAGAUCUGGGUUUAAUCAAAGUUGAAAACAGCUUUAGCUUGAUUCCUGUGGAACAUUAUUCUCUUCCCCCAGUUAUUGAUAAGAUGAACAUCCAGCUCUCUCAGUUGAAGCUUUCCAGGACUAUUUUGCAAAAUGACUUGUCACAACAUGACGUUGAAAUUUUAAAACCUGCAAACAUGUUUUUGUCUGUACAACGAAAUUUAUCUGCAACAUGGUUUAUGCAAAUUCCAGGUAUGGAGGUAAAAGGAAGGCUAAAACCAAUGCAGGUUUCACUCAGUGAAGAUGACUUAACAAUUUUAAUGAAAAUUUUGCUGGAAAAUCUUGGAGAAGCUUCUCCAGAGCCCAGUCCUACUCAUUCUUCCCAGGAGGCUGUACGAGUGAAGAAAGAAGUUCUGAGUGGAUCCGACCACCUCAAGGAGCAAGAAGACUUGGCCGACUUAAAGCUUUCUAUGGACCAGACUGUUACUCUUCAAUUUGACUUUCACUUUGAGUCUCUUUCCAUUAUCCUUUACAACAAUGAUAUCAACCAGGAAUCCAAACUUUCAUUUCAUAAUGACAGUUUCCGCCUUGGUGAACUCAGACUACAUCUCAUGUCCUCCACUGGGCAGAUGUUUAAGGAUGGCUCACUGAACGUCAACGUUAAACUUCAGACAUGCACACUUGAUGAUCUCAGAGAAGGCAUUGAGAGAGCAACAUCAAGAAUGAUUGACAAAAAGAACGGCCAAGAUAACAAUAGUUCAAUGAUUGAAAUAAGUUACCAACAAGACAAAAAUGGCAAUCAGAUUGAUGCUGUUCUUGACAAGCUGUACGUUUGUGCCAGUGUGGAGUUUCUGAUGACCGUGGCAGAUUUCUUUAUCAAAGCUGUGCCUCAGAGUCCCGAAAAUGCUGCAAGAGAAACACAGUUUCCUCGAAGACAGACUGCCAUGGGAAAAGUCAAAAUGGAAAAAGAGGAUGCUGUGAGACCCAACAUGACUCUGAAGGCCACGGUCACUGAUCCAGAAGUAGUGUUUGUUGCCAACCUGACCAAGGCUGAUGCCCCUGCCCUGACAGCCUCAUUCCAGUGUAACCUCUCUCUGUCCACAUCAAGACUGGAACAGAUGAUGGAAGCUUCUGUGAGAGACCUGAAAGUGCUUGCUUGCCCUUUUCUCAGAGAAAAGAGAGGGAAGAGCAUUACCACAGUCUUGCAUCCCUGCUCUCUAUUUAUGGAAAAAUGUGCAUGGGUAUCAGGAAAGCAAAAUAUAAAUAUUAUGGUUAAAGAAUUCAUAAUUAAGAUUUCACCGAUAAUUCUUAAUACUGUAAUGACAAUCAUGGCUGCCAUGUCUCCAAAACCAAAAGAAGAUGAUUCCAAAGAUACAACUAAGGAAAUGGACCUUUGGGGCAUCAAGUCUGUUAAUGAUUAUAAUUCUUGGUUUCUUGGUGUUGACGUGGGAACAGAAAUAACUGAAAAUUUCAAAGAUAUUGAUAAUCCAUUGAUAGAAGAGAACUGUACUCUUGCUGUGGAGACAGUUCAGGUUACCCUAGAAUGUGGCCUUGGACAUCGAACUGUACCUUUACUACUGGCUGAGUCUAAGUUUUCAGGAAAAAUUAAAAAUUGGACUUCCCUAAUGGCUGCUGCCGCUGACAUGACACUACAGGUUCAUUAUUACAAUGAGACCCAUGCUGUGUGGGAGCCACUGAUCGAGAGAGUGGAGGGGAACAGACAGUGGAAUUUAAAUCUUGAAAUAAAGAAGAAUCCAGUCCAGGAUAAAAGUUUGGUGCCAGGAGAUGAUUUCAUUCCUGAGCCACAAAUGGCAGUUCAUAUUUCUUCAGCAGAUACUAUGAAUAUUACAAUAUCUAAAAGCUGUCUUAAUGUUUUCAACAACCUUGCAAAAGGUUUUUCUGAGGGCACUGCCUCUACUUUUGACUAUUCUUUAAAAGACAGGGCUCCUUUUACAGUGAAAAACACCCUGGGUGUUCCCGUUAAGGUCCAGCCCAAUCAUAACCUCAGAGUAAUGGGCUCUCCGGAGAAAAGUGAUAUUUACGAUGUUGCUGCUGGUGAGACUUUGGAAUUGGAGUACUCCGGCAUGGAAUCUUCAUGUCCAGGAAAACUUUCCAUCUUAAGCCGCCAGGAAAGCUCCUUCUUCACUCUGACUUUUGUACCUCAUGGAUACACAGAAGUUGCAAAUAUUCCUGUAGCCCGGCCUGGACGGCGAUUGUAUAAUGUACGGAAUCCCAUUGCCAAUCAUUCUGACUCAGUCGUGGUACAGAUUGAUGCCACAGAAGGGAAUAAAGUAAUCACCCUUCGCUCCCCUCUACAGGUUAAAAAUCAUUUUUCUAUUGCUUUUAUCAUUUAUAAGUUUGUUAAAAAUGUUAAAUUAUUGGAGCGCAUUGGAAUAGCCAGACCUGAAGAGGAGUUCGACAUUCCUUUAGAUUCAUAUAGGUGUCAAUUGUUUAUCAAGCCUGCUGGGGUCUUAGAACACCAGUACAAAGAAUCCACCACUUACAUUUCCUGGAAGGAAGAACUGCACAGGAGCAGAGAGAUCAGAUGUGUGUUGCAGUGUCCCUCCACAGAAGUCAACUUCUUGCCUCUCAUAGUUAAUACAGUUGCUUUGCCUGAUGAAUUAAGCUACAUCUGUCCACACGGAGAAGACUGGGACCCAGCUUACAUUAUUCAUCUGUAUCCUCCUCUCACUUUGCGGAAUCUUCUCCCGUAUUCUCUCAGAUACUUACUUGAGGGAGCAGCAGAAACUCAUGAGCUAGCGGAAGGCAGUACUGCUGAUGUUCUACAUUCCAGAAUUGGUGGAGAAAUAAUGGAGUUAGUCCUGAUGAAGUACCAGGGCAAGAACUGGAAUGGACAUUUCCGCAUAUGUGAUACACUUCCCGAAUUCUUUCUUGUGUGUUUUUCUGCUGACUCCACAGAAGCAGUGACCAUUGAUCUGUCGGUACAUGUCAGGCGCAUUGGCAGCCGAAUGAUACUUUCUGUCUUUAGUCCCUAUUGGCUAAUCAACAAAACUUCUCGGGUUCUCCAGUAUCGUUCAGAAGAUAUUCAUGUGAAACAUCCAGCUGAUUUUAGGGAUAUUAUUUUAUUCUCAUUCAAGAAGAAGAAUAUUUUUAGUAAAAAUAAGGUACAGUUAAAAAUUUCAACCAGUGCCUGGUCCAAUGGGUUCUCACUGGAUACGGUAGGAAGUUACGGAUGUGUGAAGUGUCCUGCCAACAAUAUGGAAUACCUGGUUGGUGUUAGCAUCAAAAUGAGCAGUUUUAAUCUUUCACGAAUAGUUACUCUUACUCCCUUUUGUACUAUCACAAACAAGUCAUCAUUAGAACUAGAAGUUGGUGAAAUUGCAUCUGAUGGCUCAAUGCCAACCAAUAAAUGGAAUUAUAUUGCUUCUUCAGAGUGCCUUCCUUUUUGGCCUGAAAGUUUGUCAGGCAAACUGUGUGUAAGAGUGGUAGGCUGUGAAGGAUCUUCCAAACCAUUCUUUUAUAAUCGACAGGAUAAUGGCACUUUAUUGAGCUUGGAAGAACUGAAUGGUGGUAUCCUGGUAGAUGUAAACACUGCGGAGCAUUCAACUGUCAUCACUUUUUCUGAUUACCAUGAAGGAUCUGCACCUGCCCUGAUCAUGAACCACACACAGUGGGAUGUUCUUCUGUAUAAACAGAGUGGAUCACAGGAAGAACUGGCACUGCUGCCAAGACAAACCCGACUCUUUGCCUGGGAAGAUCCUACAGGCACGAGGAAGCUUACGUGGAGAUAUGCUGCAAAUGUUGGGGAACAAGAUCUAUUAAAGGAUGAAUGUGGACAGUUUCCAUAUGAUGCAAAUAUUCAGAUACACUGGGUAUCAUUUCUCGAUGGGCGCCAGCGGGUUCUGCUUUUCACCGAUGAUGUUGCCUUGGUUUCCAAAGCACUACAAGCGGAAGAAAUGGAGCAGGCCGAUCAUGAGAUAACCUUGUCUCUUCACAGCCUUGGGCUUUCUUUGGUCAACAAUGAAAUCAAGCAGGAAGUUUCCUAUAUUGGGAUAACCAGUUCUGGUGUUGUGUGGGAGAUGAAACCAAAGCAGAAAUGGAAGCCUUUUAAUCAGAAGCAGAUAAUGUUACUGGAACAGUCCUAUCAGAAACAUCAAGUGUCAAAAGACCAUGGCUGGAUUAAGCUGGACAGCAAUUUUGAGGUCAAUUUUGAUAAAGUGCCAAUGGAAAUGCGCCUCCCUGUUCGGUGCCCUAUUAAACGGGAUUUUUUAUCAGGAAUUCAGGUUGAAUUCAAGCAGUCUCCCCACCAAAGGAGUUUAAGGGCCAGGUUAUACUGGCUUCAGGUUGACAAUCAGUUGCCAGGUACAAUGUUCCCUGUUGUUUUUCAUCCUGUGGCUCCUCCAAAAUCUAUUGCUUUGGAUUCAGAACCCAAGCCUUUCAUUGAUGUGAGUGUUAUCACAAGGUUUAAUGAGUACAGUAAAGUCUUACAGUUCAAGUAUUUCAUGGUCCUCAUUCAGGAAAUGGCCUUGAAAGUUGAUCAGGGGUUUCUUGGAGCUAUUAUGGCACUGUUUACCCCAGCAACUGACCCUGAAGCUGAAAGAAAACGGACAAAGUUAAUCCAACAAGAUACUGAUGCUCUAAAUACAGAACUAAUGGAGACUUCAAUGACUGAUAUGUCAGUGCUUAGUUUCUUUGAACAUUUUCAUAUUUCUCCUGUUAAGUUGCAUUUGAGUCUGUCUUUGAGAAGCGAUGAAUCAGACAAACAGGAAAUGAUUGCGAUUCAUUCUGUCAACCUGCUGUUGAAAAGCAUCGGUGCUACUCUGACUGAUGUGGAUGACCUUAUAUUCAAACUUGCUUAUUACGAAGUUCGCUAUCAGUUUUACAAGAGAGAUCAGCUCAUGUGGAGUGUUGUUAGGCAUUAUAGUGAACAGUUCUUGAAGCAGAUGUAUGUCCUCGUGCUGGGUUUGGAUGUGCUUGGAAACCCGUUUGGACUGCUUAGAGGCCUGAGUGAAGGAGUUGAAGCAUUCUUUUAUGAACCUUUUCAGGGUGCUGUUCAAGGCCCUGAAGAAUUUGCUGAAGGGUUGGUGAUAGGAGUAAGAAGCCUCUUUGGACACACAGUAGGUGGUGCUGCAGGAGUUGUGUCUCGUAUCACUGGUUCUGUUGGGAAGGGUUUGGCAGCAAUUACUAUGGACAAGGAAUUUCAGCAGAAAAGAAGAGAGGAGAUGAGUCGACAGCCUAAAGAUUUUGGAGACAGCCUGGCCAGAGGAGGAAAGGGCUUCCUGCGAGGAGUUUUUGGUGGAGUGACUGGAAUAAUAACACAACCCAUGGAAGGUGCCAAAAAGGAGGGAGCUGCUGGAUUCUUUAAAGGAAUCGGGAAAGGGCUUGUGGGUGCUGUGGCCCGUCCAACUGGUGGAAUCAUAGAUAUGGCCAGCAGUACCUUCCAAGGCAUUCAAAGGGCAGCAGAGUCGGCUGAGGAAGUGUGCAGCCUGCGCCCCCCUCGUCUGAUCCACGAAGACGGCAUCAUUCGUCCCUACGACAGGCGGGAGUCUGAGGGCUGUGACUUAUUUGAGCAAGAACUGGAAAUACAGGAGUAAAUGUUUCCUAUACUACUACUUGAUUUCAUCCUUAAAAUUUAAAACAAACUAUGGUAUUAGCUGCGUAUAAAUGAGUUUGAGUGUUGAUUUUAAUGAAAAUUUUUUGACACUUCUCACCUCGAUCUGAACUUUUCACAUCAGUAGCUUGACUACACAUAAAAAUGGUGAUGCCCCUGGAAAACAUAAUCAAUAUUAUGUUGAAUAGUAUAUGUUAACAGGAAAGCAUAGUAUUAAAUAUUGAAGGGUGUGGGAAUCAGAUCGCUUCUUCACCUAAUGGGCAAAAGAACUUUUUGGGUUCAAAAGCAGACACUUGCCCUGACAUUUGAAAAUAUUGUCUUAUAGUAUGUGUGUAAACUUUUUUUUUAAUGCAAUUACUACACCUGUUCUAGGGAAUGUGUAGUUUAUGUUGGUGAGUCCUCAGUGUGGAAUUAUACUGCUAAUUUUCGUAUACUUUUUAUGUUUUGAAAAAACUAGGCUGGGUAUUUUAAGAAAGGAAGUUUAUUUGCUCAGUUUUGGAGGCUGUCUGUUUGACUUCUGGGACGGACCCCCUUGUGGAUGUGUCACAACAUGGUGAGAAAUGCAAAGGAAACAGGCAAAAUGGGAAGAGGUCAGAUGCACGGUGUGGCCUUGAUUUAAGACAUCCCCUUCUUGGGACAUACAUUCCAAGUCUAAGGCCAGCAGUAAUCUUCCCAAGGUGGUGCUCCUGAGAAUCCAUCACCUUCUCGAAGGUUCCAUACCUCUCAGCCGUGUCCAUUUGACCAGUUUCUUAUAAGACACCUGACAAGCUCAUAUCAGAAUAACGUCAGAACCUAUUGGGGCACACCCAAACCAAAUACAAACCAUAGCAGUGGUUUUCCAUUUUACAAGUAAAUGGAACAUAUAUUUUAGUAAUUGAAGUGUUAGUUGCUGUGAGUUUAACCUUUGAUCUCAAAUGAGAGUUUGCAUAUAAAUUUUGAGAAUAUGUUCCUUUAAUCUAUUUUUCUCCUUUUUUCACCUACCUGUUUUGUUCAUGAGUAAAUGCCAUUUUAUUUCAUAUGUAUUUUCAGCCAUUAGAAGUUAUACCUGUCAAAAAUGGAAUUUAUUUAAUGGUUAUGCUAAUUUCAAGUUAUUAGUUUUAAUGAAUGUAAAUAGAAGUUGAACUGUAACUAGAAAGUUUACUUAUGUGGCACUUGAAUACUCAUAUAGAUGCCUUUACUUUCAAGUACAGAUUCUUUGUUUUUCCAUUUCUUAGAGCCUAUUUGUUACCUUAAUGACAAAAAUGAUAAGUUCUUUUGGAAUUAGAUCCCUCAUAGUUAAUUGUCAAAAUAAGUUAUUUACAAUUAUUUUUUUCAAAAAUAAGUGAGGUAUUUGAUUUGAUUCAGUAUUGUUUUAUACAGUAACUUUCAUGCUUCCUCCAAAUUGGAAACAAAAUAUGAACUUAAAUUUAAUAUGCUGUAUAUUUGGAGAGAAUGAAGCUAUUAAUGUACAAUUGUUCAGUUUGAUUAUAUGUGUUUAAAAAUUAUAAUUAUCAAAAUAAUCUGAAUGUUUCCUAUUUAAAAUAAGUACUUUAAAGAAAAAAGAAUGACAUCUAAGGACUACCUUGUACUGGACGUACAAGAUGACUCCCAAUCUUAAGGGGUCAUAUGUAGCAGAACAUGUAAAUAUUAAAAGGAGCUCACAAACUUUUCUUGUGCCUAGAUAAUUGAGGGUUGACAAAAAUGUCACUGCAUGUACACUUUUGUUUGAGAAUCGAGCACAAUGACUAAUUCAAGAGGCUGUCUUAAAUCAUCACUAAUAAUUACCCUUUAGGUAAAAGUAAUAAUUUUUGAUUUUUCUAGAUAUAUUGCAGUUUUAAUGAGAACUUUUGUGAAGUUACCUAACCUGCAAUUAUUUUCUUUUUAUUUAAUUUAUUAUCUUAUUAUCCUUUUCUUUGUGGUUACCUAUUUUACAGCUGUAUGUUAAUAAGCACAAAACUUUAAGAUAUUGUUUGUAUUUAAGCUAUUAUAGUUAGGUUGAGUGUCCCUUAACCAAAAUACAUGGCACUGAAUGUGGUUUGCUUUGUUUUAAAAUUUUUGAGUAUUUCCCCAUACAUCUUGGCUAUGGGCCCACUUCUAAAAAUUGAUUUAUUUUUUAUCCGUACCUUAUCUACAUAGUCUGAAGGCAAUUUCAAACGUGUUUAUAGUGUGCCUGUGUUUUGGCUGCAACUAUAAUAUAAGGUUGUGUGUGAAAUUUUCCACCUAUGGUAUUAUGUCAGCAGUUCAAAAAUUUUCAGAUUGUAAAGCAUUUUGAUUUUUAAGCUUAGAGAUGUCCAACCUGUAGUGUUACAUCUUUUUAUUCAUUUUUGUUAGGGUAUUAGGCAGCUGUGUAGCCUUUAAUAUAUCAUUACAGUUACUGGGUGAAAUAGAAUGCAUUAACAAGUAGACAGCUUCUUUCCAUGGGAAGCAAAUAUAAACAUGGAUAAUUGAGAAAUUAGUCGAUUUCAUCCCUUGCUCAUCUUGCACUGUUAAGUUUAUUGGGUAAAAAGUAUUUAUUACUUAGACUGUUGGAUAUACAAAACAAGUAAGACUUGUGUCCUUAAUGGACCAAGUAUAACAAAAGUAAAUAUGAAAGAAUCCUGGAGCCUUUAUGGCCACAUUCUAAAUCACUAAUUUGCGUACCUUUUGAUCCUCAUUUUCUUUUUCUCCUGAUUUCUUUGUUUCUUUGUGUUUGUUAGUACUCAGGUUUGGGAGUUACUAAAUCAUGCACUGUAAAUCCUCUGUUCUCCUCGGGAAAUUUAUGCUGUGUGUGUGUGUGUGUGUGUGUGUGUGUGUGUGUGUGUGUGUGUGUAGUAAAGAAAGACACCUGUAUGUAUAUGCAGCUAGUUUUUAAUUUAAUAUUCAUUUUGGUUUACAUAUUUACAAUCAUGCAAUACUUAAAAUGAGGUUUAUUUCUUGUAAAAAAUAUGUUUCUGUAUAUCUUGAGAAAUGCUUCAUUAACAUUCUUAAUUCUUACAUUAUUACCUCUUGAGGUGGUCUUACAUUGUGUAUUUGACUAUUAAUUCUUAAAAUGUGAAUUGUUUCUUGUUUUUUACUAACAGUAAGAAUGCUGUUAUAAGCAUCACUAAAUACUAUAUUAUAUUAUAGCUAUCUUGGGUUAGUUUGUUGGAAUUUGUUUAAAAACCCGAACAUUUGAUUUAAGGAAUUGUGCAAAAUGUUACCAAAUUCCUAAUGUGUUUUGGGAAGGGGCAAUAACUGUUUUUUGUUUUUCAGGCCUUUUUGAUCUCAUACUGUCAUUAGUUACUGAAUACCUAAUCUAAAUCUCAAGAGAAUUGUGGGUUUUAGUAGUACUGAACACCAGGUUCUAUGUUAUUGUAAUAAAUUAUGCUGUAAGCUUUUAAUGAUUUGAAGCACAAUAGCUUGUUAACUAAUGAAAAUGCAUAUAAGGUUGAAAGUAUUUCUUGUAUUUGCAUCUCAAAUCAAAGUAUUUUACUAUAAUAAAAAUCUAAAACUGAAGAUAAAUGUGCUAGAUUAUUAUAUUCAUUUCCCAUUUUCACUUUGAAGAAAUGUUAACAGGUUUUAACUAAUUCACACUGGAAAAAUUACACUCCUGAGACUCAUUUUGAAGAUGAUACCCCAGUUCUUUGGGGAUUCAUCUUUCUUGUUCAUUGCUUUUUGUAAAAGUCAGGGAUUGACUGGGGAGCAACCAUGUUUUAAAAAUGUGCAUGUUAGCAUUGAAAUAGUAGCAUGAAGGUUUUUUGCUCUGCUUUUGAUUAUAUUUAAUGUAUAAUAAUAUUAAUGUAUUCUUGACUAUAAAAAUCAUUGUUUUAUCUGUUCAAUAUAUGCAUACCCUAUAUAUUCAAUUAUCAUCUGAUCUUCAGUGUAGUAUAGAUCAUGUCAGUAGUAACAUUUUAUUAGAAUUCACUAUUAAUGAUUAUUUUGUUAGUUUUUAAUUUGUUGACAAAUGAAAGAGCCAGUAGUUUUAGGAAAACUAGGAAAAUAAAAGUAAUAUAAUAUGCUGCUAUUUAUACUUGAAUUAUUUAUACUUGAAUUAUUUUAUUUUUAGAAAUAAAUGUGUGAGCUAUUUUGAAUUCCUAGUAAUUUUUAUAUUUGUGUUACUAUUAUGAGUAUAUUUUUAUUAUAUGUAUGAUUGGUAUGUAAAUACAAUGCAUAUUUAACCUAUAAGAUUCAAUU